UGCUCAAGACCUAUUCUCGAUCGUCUACUUGACUUUCAACCCAUCUGCCGAUAUUAUCAACGGGCCAUUGCCAAUAUCAAGUCAUUCAUUAGCGGAACAGAUGUCUACAUGGCGGCGGUGAUAGCACCUUCAAACACGGCUCAGACCAUGGGGUCGGUAAUGCCCGAUGUCGAGAUGUCUGGCAUGCCAACUUCGGCCGUUUCAAGUCAUGAUCAACCUAUGCUCGAUGACUCGGACGAUGAAUUUAUCAAAAUGGAAGAAGACGAUGACUCCGUGGCUUCCACCGGGCCAGCCUCGCUACUGAGAAGUCUUCAGGUCGAGAGCGAGAAUCGUUAUUCUCCCAAUAGCUCCUUGACCUCCGCUUCUGUCGCAUCAUCGAUUGUCGAUCAAAAAGGUACAACAACAAUCAAACAGGAAACAAAGUCCGACUCCUCAAACAUUGUGAGCCCCUACAUGUUUCUAAAAGCGCCCACCACCUGCAGAGCGAAAUCAUCCAUACCAUCUAGACUUUCCCCGUCCGAGUACGCCGGCCAGUGUGUGGCUGCUGCAGAAGCAUCGAGACUCAAUCCCUAUGCAUUGCAUGAAGACGAGCACAAACUGUUGCAAGACAAGUUAUGUUAUUCGCACGUCAGCGUGUAUCUGAAUAUACGAAACGGCAUCUUAAGGUUAUGGAGUCGCAAUCCGAGCGUGAGUGUAACCCUUGAAGAAGCCAUCGGUUGCAUCAAAGACGAGCGUUGGACUCGGCUUGCUUGCUUCGCCUAUGAAUGGCUGCUACGUCGAGGCUACAUCAAUUUUGGAUGCGUUGAGCCGCCUGCGGUCGCCAAGUCUGCAGGCCGUGGCCGGCCCAAGAAAGAGACUUCUCGCGAAACCAUCGUUGUCAUUGGAGGUGGUAUGGCUGGCUUGAGUACUGCUCGACAGCUUACGAAUCUGUUUCGGCAUUACCCAGACCAUGCUUCUCCAAAAAUCAUUGUUCUCGAAGGACGGGACAGAAUAGGUGGACGUAUCUACUCUCAUCCACUAACAAGCAUGCGAUCUUCGAAGUUGUCUGCCGAUCAAAGACCUACUGCCGAAAUGGGUGCCCACAUCAUCGUCGGCUUCGAACGCGGAAAUCCUCUUGAUGCAAUCAUUCGUGGUCAAUUGGCCCUUGAUUAUCACCUUCUACGAGACCUUUCUACCCUCUACGAUAUCGACGGAACCCCAGUCAACGGUGUCAACGAUGCGAUGAUAGAAAGAUUGUACAAUGAUGUCCUUGACCGUACGGGACACUACCGUCUCAAGAACACCGUCAGAAAAACUGCGCAAGGCGAUAAAGAUCUGAUUGACGCUGGACGCGAGCCUCCUGACGAAGAAGGUCUCACGAUAAAACAAUUUGAAGAGGCUACUGCAUUGGGUACAAUCGACCAAUUGCUGCCCAGCAAAAAGUCACGAAGAAGAGGCGCAGGUCAUCGAGCUGCCAAGGGCGACAAAUCGUCAGAAGAGGUCGAAACAAGCACUGAGACCAAGACACAACUUCCUGCAGCUCAAGCAGCGAAAGAGUUUGGUUUCUUGCUAAGAAAGACGACACAGAUGCAUGAGACUCUUGAGUUGGAAGACCUCGCCAAGCAGCUCAACCAGUCUCUCGGCACGGUGAUGAAUGCUGGUAUUGAUCAGUACCAGAAUUUCCUCGACCUCAAGCCCUACGCUCUUCGUUUGCUCAACUGGCACUUUGCAAACCUGGAAUAUGCCAAUGCCGCUAAUGUCGACAAGUUGAGCCUGCGUGGUUGGGAUCAAGACAUUGGCAACGAGUUUGAAGGCGAGCACGCACAAGUGGUUGGAGGUUAUCAACAGGUUCCGCGAGCAUUGUGGCGCCAUCCUGAACCUCUCGACGUCCGGACACGGAAAGCAGUAAAGAGCAUCAAAUACAGCGCGGCCGGCUCGCAAGGCAAAGCCACUGUCACAUGUGAAGACGGCCAGUCCAUUGAAGCCGACAAAGUGGUGUUUGCUGCUCCGCUCGGUGUGCUGAAAGAACAGUCCAUUCAGUUUGAUCCACCACUACCUCAAUGGAAACGUGACGCAAUCAGAAGACUGGGUUUUGGCCUGCUCAACAAGGUCAUUCUUGUUUUCGAGAAACCUUUUUGGGAUGUCAACAGAGACAUGUUUGGUCUUCUUCGAGCGCCUCGCGAUUCGGCCGGGUUUCAUCAGGCUGAUUACAAGGAGGGUCGUGGACAGUUCUACCUGUUCUGGAAUUGCAUCGAAACAAGUGGACUACCUGUCUUGAUUGCUCUCUUGGCAGGAGAGUCGGCACAUGAAGCAGAAAAAGUCAGUGACGAAGUACUCGUUGGACAAUGCGUUGAACAGCUCCAGAACGUCUUCGGUGCCAGAAACGUACCGCAACCGCUGGAAUCCAUCGUCACUCGAUGGGGCUCAGACCGUUUUGCACGAGGCACUUAUUCCUUUGUAGCUGCCGAAGCGAGACCUGGUGACUAUGAUCUCAUUGCUGCUCCCAUACAGAACCUGUUCUUUGCUGGAGAGGCAACAAUAGCCACCCAUCCUGCCACGGUCCACGGCGCCUACCUCUCAGGCCUUCGUGCUGCCAACGAAGUUUUUGAGUCAAUGGUAGGCUCUCUACCGAUCCCACCGACACUGGUUCCGGCAUCAACCUCGAAGAAACUAUCUACCGCUUCGAUAGAUUUGACACAGAUGGAUACACACAUGGUAGUGGGCGGCAAAAGGAAGGGAGACGAGCUUCUACCUGCAGGCACGUUUACACGGCCCAUAAAGGAGAAAGACAACACGCUGCAAGAAGCAUGGGACGCUGCAAUGUGGGUUCGCAUUUAUGAUGAUCUCGGACCACCUCCAACGAAGCCAGCCAAGGCUAACGUUAACUCAUUCUUGUUAUACUCGGGUGAGCAUUGGGAGGAGGUCAAGACUCGUCUCGGCGACGAGCGGAAGAAGACUGGUAAACGAAGCAAACAGUCAGAACGUGACCAAGUCCGUGUGGAGCUAGGCAAAAUGUGGGCUGCGCUCUCAGACGAAGAAAGGAAGCCAUAUACCGAUCGGACCAACAAAAACCGAGAGGAGAAUGAGCGACUCAUGAAAGAGUGGGCUGUCAAAGCCGCAGAAUGGGACAAACGCACGUGGGAAGUCAAGGACGUAUGGAUCAAGGAAGGAAACGGUUUUGAGGAGUUUUGCAAACGCAAGCGCGAGGAGGAUGAGUUGAUGGACGCAGCGGAUAUGGCAAAGAGAGCCAAAAUCUAGGAAUCCAGGGCUAGGACACUGUUUGGAUACGAUGCAGCGCCUUGACAGCCUGACCAAUGAUGUGCGUAUUGGAAGGCAUGACAUGUACGAUUGAAGUACUUUAGCGAGCAUUAUCUUUCCGGAAGCAUUCGUAUGCUAUCACUUGACGCUGGCCGAGUCAUGGCCCAAAACAUGCUU